CCGGCCUGGGGUCCGGCCGCCGGGACGCGGCCUGGGCGGCGAGGGCCUCUGGGCGCGGAGGGCGUGUCCUUCACGGCGGGGGCCUGCGAGAGACCCCCGCCCGGCCCGAGCCUCGCCGCCGUGCCCUGCGACCCCGGGCCGCCCCCUCCCCUCCGCGGUUACUCCUGCUCCCGGACAAAGGACUUUCUGCGUGGCCGCUUUUUCUGUGAUAACUUGGUCUUCCCUGGGCGGUGCAAGUUCCUUUCCAGGCCUGGGGCCUCGCUCCACCGGGAGUCUGAAUUUUCUCCCCGCGGGACGUCCACUUAAAGCCUCCACUCAGGGAGUGACCCUGUUGCUCCCGAUGCCCACGGCCUGAAUGGCCUGUUCUGUACAGUGCGAGAACUGGGUGUUGCCGGCGUCACCGUUCCAGCCUCGGUUUCAAGAAAACAGAAUCUCUUGCCUCAUCCCACAGAAUCGUGCCUAACGUAGAAAACCGCUCUGAGAAGUAACCCAGGCUGUGCCCGACAAAUACGAGGAUUUAUUACUACUAUUAUCGCUUCGUGAGUAGCCAAGCGGCCAUGAUGACCUCUCUCCGCCAAGGGGUUAAACGUCCUCCCAACCCUGCCACAUUGCCCUUCCACUCCCGCUCUUUUCCCCCACGACCGCGUGGUCUAGCUGAGGAGGCGAACUACAGUUCCCAGUGUGCCUUGCGAGACCACAGGAACUACGAUUCCCAGUCCCUCCGCGGCUGAGCGGGGUGGGGCCAGAGCAGCUGUCACAGGGUCGGAAAACUACAACUCCCAGGGCGUUCCCGAGCGGGUCGCUGCACUGCCGGAAGCCGCAGGCCGCGGCUAAGCGGGACGCCGCUCGGAGGAUCUGGGAUUUAAAGGCUGGGUGACGAGCCGCUGGCAUGCUGCGUCCCAAGGCGUUGACCCAGGUGCUAAGCCAAGCCAACACCGGAGGCGUCCAGAGCACCCUGCUGCUGAAUAACGAGGGAUCGCUGCUGGCCUACUCGGGUUAUGGAGACACGGACGCCCGGGUCACCGCAGCCAUCGCGAGUAACAUCUGGGCAGCCUACGACCGAAACGGGAACCAGGCGUUUAACGAAGACAACCUUAAAUUCAUCCUCAUGGACUGCAUGGAGGGCCGUGUAGCCAUCACCCGCGUGGCCAACCUUCUGCUGUGUAUGUAUGCCAAGGAGACCGUGGGCUUCGGCAUGCUCAAGGCCAAGGCCCAGGCCUUGGUGCAGUACCUGGAGGAGCCCCUGACCCAAGUAGCUGCAUCAUAAUGGACAUUGGUGGAAGCUGGGGUCAGAAUGGGGUCAGCAUCAUAGAGACCAUGGGGGGAGGGCGGGACUGUGGUUUUUGAUUUGUUGUUGUUGUUGUUCAAGAAUGAAAUUCAGCUCCUGUCUUGUGUCUUGGCUUUUUUUUUUUUUUUGAUGGGAAGAAUCAUAGGAGGCAGGAAGGAGCAGGGGCCACGUACAGGGUGUCCUGUGUUCUGCAAGAAUGGGCGUCCACCUGCACCUUCCCUGUGACCUCCCGCUACCAAAUGGUUCUUGGCAGAGGUGCCUCAGCUCUCCUGGCCUCUCCAGUGCUGUGACCUCACCUACCCUGGUGAGGUCACAGCAGAUUCUUAGCUACCUGGUUGGCAACCUUGUUGGGAGUGGGCUCCUGGCACAGGCUGGACAAGAGCAUAUCAGACCCUGAGAGGUCUCCAGUCGCCCGCUCUUCCUGUUCUCAGCUUCCGUCUGCCCGCUUCCUUGCUGCACCCCCAGCUGCCUGCCUGGCUUCCGCUCGCCCUCAGUCUCUCCGGCUGGAGAAGUCGCUUCACCCCCAAUGAGAGGAGGGGCGGGCCCAGGUCUCCCGAGAGCCGAGGGUUGAGGGUACUGAGCCAGCGCACUGCCUUGUCACCUCUGCCCCCCCUCCCCGACCCACCCAAAGACACCUGCACCCUCCAUGCGGAGCCAAGAUGGGGAACGGAACGGAGGAAGAUUAUAACUUUGUCUUCAAAGGUACUACCGUGGCGCGGUGGGGGCCCUCCUUGUGUUCGACCUAACCAAGCACCAGACCUACGCCGUGGUGGAGCGCUGGCUGAAGGAAUUGUAUGACCACGCAGAGGCCACCAUCGUCGUCAUGCUUGUGGGAAACAAGAGUGACCUCAGCCAGGCCCGCGAGGUGCCCACGGAGGAGGCCCGAAUGUUUGCCG